AGUGUGAUGCGUAUAUGUUCCGUGUCCGUGUUAUCCGUUAAGGUCUUGGUUAGUUCCCACAUGAAAUAGCGGCUGCAGUCUUUUGAUAGCUAGCUAAACAGCGAACCCAUUAGCAGUUAGUGACAUUUGUACAUUAUUUCGGCUAUACCAGCUGACAAAUAUCCGUUUCACAGAGGCAGGUACCUUAAUUAGCCUAACAGUCUUUGGAACUACAUUGCCCUGUUUCCUCGGUAGUGUGGUGAUGCGACGUGUCGUAAAAUUUCAGUUAACCACAACCCCAACGAGCGAGAUGGACACUCCAAGAGACGCUUGACACUUUCGGUGUUUUAGCUUGAUUUCUCAGUCGAAAUGCUUGUCCAUUAACGGGCUUCGUUGACUCACGGACGCGUGUGAUGAACAUGGAGGACAUGGACGAGGACCGUUUGGACAUGAACGACGACCACAACCACAACUGUUUCGCGAGCAGCGACAACGUCCACCCGUAUCUGAGACACCAGCUGACGGAUGUAACAACGGUUCCCCAACCGCUGCUGUGCUCCGCGGUGCCCGGAGGAGAGCCGCCGGGUGGGGGGAGGCAGUGGCCCGGCGGCGGCACCGGUGCACCGCGAUUUAUGGACUCAGACUCGAGCAGUGAGAGCGAAGUCAGCGAGACGGACUGCACCGCUCCGUCCUGCUCUGUAGCCGGGAAAUUCACCCUCAACUCCGCUUCAAAGUUUCUUUUGAAUGCAAUGGCUGUAGAAGACUACCGGAAAAAUCACUGGCCAAACCUGGAGAAGGUGAUUGAUCUUCUACUCAUUCAAAAACCCACGGACCACAUCUCCAUUUCUUAUGCACAGAUAUACAGUUACGUCUACAAGUGUGUCUGUCAACAGCACUCUGAGCUUCUCUACAAUGAUUUGACAUCGAAAAUCACAGCUCAUCUGCAGCGCGUCUCCUCACAUUUACAGGCCAGUCCACCUGAGGACUUCAUCGAGAACUUCAACCUUGCACUGACCCAAUACACGGCUUCCCUUCAGUGUAUAGUUCCUGUAUUUAUGUACAUGAACAAGUUCUAUAUUGAGACAAAGCUAAACAGAGACCUAAGGGAGGAUCUGAUGAAGCUGUUUGCAGAUCAUGUUGCAGAAAAACACGUGAACACACUGAUGCCUCUUCUCAUCAAAGCCCAUUCCAUGCCCUUUCAAGUCCAACCCUCAACCAUGGCCAGUGUGGUGAAAGGCCUGUACAGUCUGCGGCCAGGUUGGGCUCAGUUAGCCCCGGCUCUCUUCUCUGGAUUUAUUCCCCAAAUCAACCCUCCUGCUGUGGAGUCUCAGCUGUCUGACUACGCCGCUCACGACCAGAAGCUGCAGAUGGAGCUCUUCAUGAACGGAUUCCCACGGGGGGACCAAUCUCGUAAGCGGGCCAGCGAGGACUCCUGAUGGAUAGGUCCAGCAUCGCCAGACAAUGUCUCAAAAUUAUCACUGUGCCUCCCACAUCUUUAUCCGCAACUGGCUCAUUGCACUAGGUACAAUGUUAACAAUGUCUCGUUUUCAUCUGUCCGAACUCAAGGUCAGAAAACACUGUGAACAAUAAAAAUGUCCUGAUGUUGAGUCGCCGAGCAGCGAUGGAAUAUUUUUCUUAGACCACAUCGCUCUGAACAGCACAGUGUUCCCAGUAUGGUGCUUUCCGGCUUGAUCUGAAAGCACCCACCGUCAUUAUUUGUUAGCUGCUACUGGUUAUGCUUGGAGGGAUUUAUCCAUAUUUUUUCUUCAUGUGAAGAGUGCCUUUUGCAUGUCUGUGCUCGUCAGACAUGAAGAGGAAUGGCUUGAUAAUGGAUUCUUCAUUCCCAUCUUUUAACAUGGGGACUGUCCUUGAUAAACUGGGCUAAUCAAGUCUCAACACUGCUGCUACUAAGACUGUUGAUAUGUUAACAGCCAUAGGUUUCACUCACUGUAACUCACUUGUUCCAUUCAAACAGAAUCAAUACAUAUCACAAAAAGCUAGAUGCAAACUCACUGAAAAAGGGUCAUAGAAUCUUACAACUUUAGCAUCUUUUCUCCUUUUGGCAAGAAAUGGAUGUAACAGAGGAAAUAAGAACUGCAGAUUUCAGCGUUGACUCUUUGUUUUCUUCAACUUGUUGCCUUCAGAAUGUAGGUAAACCAGGUUGUAUUCUCCAGGCAUGCCAAAGAGGAUUUGAAGUGCUUUUUCCCUUUUUUAUAAUGCAUUUGGAAUCAAACUGAUGGUGUGUUGUUGCUGCUGUACAGGUUAUUGUACCAAGUCACUGAGCCAGUUAAAUUUACGCAACUAAUUUUGGUUGACCCGAUCGUCCAUCAGGCCUGAGUCAAAUAGUAAUUUGAGAUAUUAUUUAUGGUUUAUUUUGACUCGGGUGCAGGAUGGGUGGGGUUUGCCUCAUAGGAUAUUAAACUAAGCACCACAAAACUUAGACAGAGAAGUUUUUGAAAAUCUCUUGGGUAGGUUUGGCAACUUAACUGAAUUAUUCCCAUACUAUAAAUGCUGCCAACCUUGUUACUCUAUUGAUGUCAAAAUAAAACAAAAACUAUAUGAAAAUACUGUUUGACUCAGGUCUGAUGUAGUUACCCGUCACAUAGCCCUAACAUGUACAGCCUAUAAAUGUUGUAAAUAGAUGUUGUCCGCAUGGUGAUCAGUAUACACUAGCUACUGUCACAGAUCAAUUUUUGUUAAAAGUUCAACUUGAAUAGCAGUAUUUGAUACAAGGUCUUACACUGUUUUAAGUGUAAUUAGAUGCUCAGGCUCGCUGUGUCUUUUUUGUUUCCCUCUGUUGGUGUUGGAAAUGGUUCUCUCAUUGUCUUAUGUACAGACUGUUUCAAAUAAACUAAUUUCAUUAAUUAUGCAUCA